AGUGGCGGGUUAGAGAUGCUGUUUGACAAUGUCCCCAAGCACUCGAUAUCGCUGCCCACCGAUGCGGACAACGGCAAUCGUCCUACUAUCGGCUACUUGGUCACUUAUAUCUGUGAGCACCUUAUGAAAGAUUCGAGAAAGGAACUCUUCGUUCUCGACAAUGCGGUACGUCCGGGGAUCCUCGUACUCAUCAAUGACUCCGACUGGGAACUGGAAGGCGAAGACAAGUACGAAUUGGUCAACAAUGAUAAUGUUCUUUUCGUCUCUACUCUACAUGGCGGUUGA